AUGGGGUGGUGCGGCACAGAGCUGCUGGCCGCAGGGCUGGGAGACGGGACGCCAUUCUUCCUCCUCCUCAUCCUCUUCCUCCUCUUCGUCCUGCUGCCCGGCAGCUGGCGGCCGCUGGAGCUGCGGCGCGGCCCGGGCCGUGUGGGCUACCUGCCGGUUGUGGGUCCGAGCCGUGGGAUCUCAGCCCGCCGCUCCCGUCGGUCCGGAGCGCUGCCGCCGCCCUACCCCAACGGCUGGUACCGCGUCCUCGACUCCGAGCAGCUGCCCCGCGGUGCCGUCCGCAGCGUCGCUCUGCUCGGAGAACGGCUGGCCGCGUUCCGCACGCAGGACGGCCAGGCGCAUGUGGUGGAUUCGUACUGCCCACACCUGGGGGCUGACCUGGCUGCUGGCGGGCGCGUUGUGGGCAGCUGCAUCGAGUGCCCCUUCCACGGCUGGCGUUUCAGAGGAGAAGAUGGGAAAUGCACCCACAUCCCAUAUUCUGGAAAAGUGCCAGAUUUUGCCAAGGUGCGGAGCUGGCCGUGCUGUGAGGUGAAUGGGAUGCUGCUGCUCUGGUACCACUGCGAUGGGACCGGCCCCACUUGGGAUGUGCCUGAGCAGCCUGAGAUCAUCACAGGGGACUGGGUGUUCCGGGGGCAGACAGAGCAUUUCGUGGACGCACACAUCCAGGAAAUCCCUGAGAACGCAGCUGACACAGCUCACCUGGCCUUCCUGCACGGCCCAGCCAUUCUGAGCGGAUCUGACCUGAGAUACACCAAGUCCAGGCUGUGGGACUUCAUGAAGCACGUCUGGAAGGCUGAGUGGCAGCCAGAGCCGGAGCCCCACAGGCACUGCUCCCGCAUGCAGCUCCAGCACACAGCCACCAUCUUUGGGAAGCGCUUCCCCUUGCUGGACCUGUCAGUGUCAGCCAGGCAGGUUGGGCCAGGGCUGGUCUUCCUCAUCUUCAAACAUGCGUUCCUGGGCCAUGGGAUCAUCCUGCAGACAGUGACGCCCCUGGAGCCACUCCUGCAGAAUGUGGUCCACAAAAUCUAUUACCAGAAGAACGUGCCAGCCAUCAUCCCCAAGUUCAUCCUGAGGGCAGAAUGCAUUCAGUUUGAGCGAGAUGUGACCAUCUGGAACAACAAGCAGUACCUGUCCAAGCCACUGCUGGUCUGCGAGGAUGCUGGCAUCCAGAAGCACCGGCGCUGGUUUGCACAGUUCUACAGCGAGAGGAGCACGAGGCCGUCAGUGCCCAAAGGGGACCUGGACUGGUGA